AGCAUAUCCAUCAUGUCCGAAUUGGAAUUCAUUCGGUUAUAGAAAAUAAGCUGAAUCAAUUAUCAAUCAUAGGAAUACGCUGAAUCCAUAAUCAUUUAUAGAGAAUAAGUUGAACGGUAAUUGGAAAUAGAAAUUGAAGCUGACAGUGAGGUAAAUCUUGAAUUUGAAGAAAUCAUUUUCCAUUAUAAGUGAAUUCCCUCAACCAUAUCAACCGAAACCCAAUUUCUUCGAAGCCACUCCAUUUCUGAGCUGAGGAUUUACCGGAAGGAGGGAACAAAAUGAUGCUGCUUUCGGCGUUGCAGCAGCAGGGCCGCCGGGGUAACAGUUCUCGAAGUGCAUCGUCGCAGCUGGACUCCGCCGUGGAUGGGGGAGUAAAGUCUCAGGCGACGAUUUUUUGGCUACUGUUACAUGGUUUUUGCUGUCUUGUCAGUCUAGUCCUUGGUUUCCGAUUCUCCCGUUUGUUAUUUUUACUCAUUUUUUCUACUCCCUCCCCCUCCUCCUACACCACCACGACGGCCACCGCCAACCUCUAUUCUGCUUUCCACAAUUCAUUUCCAUCUACUACCACCACCACAACGUCGACGCCGGAGGUGAAUAGUGCGACGGAGGAGGGGAGUCGAGUUGUGGUAGGGAGACACGGGAUACUGAUACGGCCUUGGCCGCAUCCAGAUCCGGAGGAGGUGUUGAAGUCUCUCCGGAUAAUCGAUAGGGUUCAGAGAGAACAGAGGUUGCAGUAUGGAGUGAAGAGCCCUAGAACCGUGAUUGCAAUCACGCCGACGUAUGUUCGGACCUUCCAGACGCUUCAUCUAACUGGCAUUAUGCAUACUCUGAUGAAUGUGCCCUAUAAUCUGAUCUGGAUUGUUGUGGAAGUUGGUGGCGCCACCAAUGAAACGGCCUCGUUGAUUUCAAAAUCAAGCCUCAAAAUAUUCCAUAUUGGAUAUAAUGAGAAAAUCCCGAUUUUAUGGGAGGAUCGGCAUAAAUUAGAAGUACAAAUGCGACUACACGCCUUAAGAUUUGUGAAAAAGAAGAGGUUAGAUGGGAUGGUAACGUUUGUGGACGACAGUAAUAUGCAUAGUAUGGAGUUAUUUGAUGAGAUCCAGAGUGUAAAAUGGGUAGGCGCAGUUUCGGUUGGAAUUCUUGCACUUUCAGGACGGUCUGAAGGAGAUUUGUCUGUGGCUCAGACAGAGAACAAUGGGAAGAAUGAGAAGAAUUCCCAGAUGCCAGUUCAGGGACCGUCUUGUAAUUCGUCAAACCAUCUGGUGGGUUGGCAUACUUUCAAUGUGCUACCACGUGUAGAGAGGAGGGCAAUGUAUGUUGGUGAAAGGGGAGUUGUGCUGCCAAGGAAGCUGGAGUGGGCUGGAUUUAUCUUGAAUUCUAGGUUAUUAUGGAAGGAAGCAGAAGAUAAGCCACAAUGGAUAAAGGAUUUGGAUGAGGUUGGUAGGGAUGGAGAAGAUGUUGAGAGUCCUUUAUCUUUGCUGAAGGGUGCUUCUUUAGUGGAGCCUCUAGGGAAUUGUGGGCGCAAGGUCAUGCUGUGGUGGCUGCGUGUUGAGGCUCGGGCAGACAGCAAAUUCCCUGCCAGGUUCGUGUUCCAUAAAUUGGUAACGAAAAAUUUCUGUAUUCUGGUUCUUUAUAGUGCUUAUGGCUGAAUUCUCCUUCUGUCUAUCUAGUUUUCAAUUCAUCCUUCAUCGUGCAUUGCAUGUGGAUUGCAAAUGAGUUUCUGUAGAUAUGAAGCUAGGUUGUCUAAAGG